UUUUUGUUGUUGAGUGGGAGAAAUUUGUUAUUUUGUAGAACUUUGACAUUGGUUUGCUGCUGUGCUGAUACCAGAAACUAAGAACCAAAGUUAGCUGUAACUGUAAUGUAUGCACAUCAAUAUCUCGCAUUGUGAUUGUAAUUUAUGUAUGAUCCAUCAAAAUCAUCACUUCUUCUCUAUUUCUCUCUCCCCUUUCUUCUUCAUUUUCUUCGCUAAACCCUAAUUUCCCCCCAAAAUUUCCAUCAGAUUCACUUUCAAUCUCAACCAAUUUGAUCAUUUACUUCGUGAUUUCGGUCCCUUAAUUUACAGUCCUUUUUAGGGUUUACAUCACCCGUCAAUGCAAUGGUAGUCUGCAAAUGCCGCAAAGCAACUAAAUUAUACUGUUUCGUGCACAAGGUUCCUGUUUGUGGAGAAUGCAUAUGCUUCCCUGAACACCAAAUUUGUGUGGUCCGCACCUACUCAGAGUGGGUAAUAGAUGGAGAGUAUGAUUGGCCUCCUAAUUGUGGUAAAUGUAAUGCUGUGCUCGAUGAAGGAACAGAUCCUCAAACUACUCGCCUUGGCUGCUUGCAUGUUAUACAUACAAAUUGCUUGAUUUCACACAUAAAAAGUUUUCCUCCGCACACAGCACCGGCCGGAUAUGUCUGCCCAGCGUGUUCAUCUUCAAUAUGGCCUCCUAAAAAUUUCAAGGAUUCAGGAUCACACUUACAUUCAAAGCUUAAGGAGGCAGUUCUGCAAACUGGUCUUGAGAAAAACGUUUUCGGAAGCCAUCAUGUCUCAGUGACAACGCCAGACCGUGGUCCUCCCCCUGCCUUUUCUUCAGACCCGUUGAAGCGUGUAUCCGGUGCUGCAGGCCCCGAAGCAAUAUCUGGGGUUGGGAUAGGCUCAUCUACACAUGAUAUAGUGGAGAUAGAGGGUACUCCCGGUAGUUCUAAUCAUGAGUCUAAUUAUAUCACAGCUGGAAGUCCUGCAAGUGCUGGAGCUACAACACGGAAAGGGACAAUACAUGUUGAUAGGCAGAACUCUGAAAUUUCAUAUUUUGCUGAUGAUGAGGAUGGGAACAGGAAGAAGUAUACUCGAAGAGGUCCUUUCCGCCAUAAGUUCCUCAGAGCACUCCUGCCCUUCUGGUCUACUGCUUUGCCCACUUUGCCAGUAACUGCACCGUCUCGUAAGGACUCCUUAAAUGCUGAUGAUGUUGCAGAAGGGCGUGUGCGGCAUCAGAGAUCAUCAAGAAUGGAUCCAAGAAAAAUUCUUCUUUUCAUAGCCAUAAUGGCAUGCAUGGCAACAAUGGGUAUCCUGUACUACAGACUUGCUCAAGGUAGCUUUGGCCAGGAGAUGCCUAACGAUGAGCAAUAGUAUUUUGCUGUGUAAGGAAGCAAGUUUACGACAUCCUCCUUUCCAAUUUGUUUUUUUUUCUUUUCUUUUUGUUUUUUUUUAAAAUAUCACUACAUCAUACCCCUAAAUAUGAUACUUUAUUUUUCUCUCAUUUGAUACGAAAUUUUCAUCCCCUCUCAUAUUGUUUUCAUUGUGGGAUGCGUCUGUUCUUUUUUAUAUUGUUGGGGAAUUAAGGAUGUCGUGGUUUGCGACUGUAGUAUUUACUGUUUGCUGUAAGAGUUCACAUCUUCCCCCUUUUUCUCCCCUUUUGUUUUUGGAAAACUGUGAAAUCAUGGGUUCAUGAUCCAUGUAUUUCAGUAGGUAGAAAUGUACUCCAAAUGCUUAGAUUAUUAUAGGGGCGUCAAUAGGACCCUCGAAAUUUAAUGAUUCAACAUCUUUCAUGUUUGAUGUUA